AUGACUUCACUCCCUGUCACAGCCCACCGCCCCAUCGGCAAAUGGCUCCCCAACCAGCGCCCAGCAAUCCAAGACUGGAUCGCCUCCAAGCUCCAGCAAACCAAAAAGAAGCACUUUGCUUCUCUUGAUCCCAACCCCCAGAUCGUAGCUUUCCAGAAACUCGUCAAUGACAACCCCUACCUCAAGACUCUCGCGAAUGACAUGUUCACCCAGUCUUCCAAGCACUAUGACCCCACUGGUGAACCAGCCCUCAAGACCUUUGACGAGUUCAUUGAUGUUGUCAGUCUCAUUAUUCAAUCUGCCCCGCCGUUCUUUGAUAAGCAGGAUCCUCCUACUGCUAUGGGCAUGAUUGGGUUUCCUAUCAAUGCUGUUCUUGAUUGGCCCAUGGGAACCAUCGCUGGCUAUGAGUUCUGGCUUCUUCCGGAGGUCAACGCCUCUUUCAAAGGUAUUCUUGACUCUUGGGGUUCCUUCUUAGAAUCUCCUGGCUCUCAGUCUGGUCUGGAGGGUUGGUUGUCCAAGGAUGCGCUGCAUAUGCUUGCCACUGUAGCCAACACUGGUGAACUCGGCGGCCCAACAUUUGAUAAGAUCUUCAUCUGCAACCCCGCUGAAAAGUACUACGGCUACAAAUCCUGGGACGAUUUCUUCACCAGAGAGUUCAGAGAUGGCAUGCGCCCCAUCGCCUGCCCAGAUGACGCCCCUCCAACCCCAGAAUACCCUGAUCCAACCCUCGUCAUCACCAAUGCAUGCGAGUCCGCGCCCCUUCAAGUCGCCGAGCACGUCAAGCUCCACGAUCAAUUCUGGCUCAAGUCCCAGCCCUACUCCCUCGACAGAAUGCUGAACUCCAACCCCAACACGAGCAAACUCGUCGACGGAACUGUGUACCAAGCCUUCCUUAGCGCAAAGAGCUAUCAUCGCUGGCACGCGCCUGUCAGCGGUAAGGUCGUUGACAUUGAGCUUGUCCCCGGUUCUUACUACAGUGAGAACUACUUUGAGGGUUUGGCGGGUAACCCAGAUGAUCCUGACCCCGCGGCGCCGAACUACUCGCAGCCCUAUAUCAGCGCUGUGGCUACGCGGGGCAUCAUCUGGAUUCAGGCUGAUAACCCAAAGAUUGGACUUAUGGCUAUUGUGUUUAUCGGCAUGGCUGAAGUGUCAGGCUGUGAGUUUAUCGUUGAGAAGGACGCUCAUAUCACCAAAGGGCAGCAGAUUGGCAUGUUUCACUUUGGCGGGAGUUCGCACUGCAUGAUCUUCCAGCCGGGUGUUAAGCUCCUGUGGAAGCGCCCGCCUCCAUAUGAUAUGGACACGGAGAAUAAUAGCCGCGUCAACAGUCUGCUUGCUGUUGUUGGUAACUAG